ACGCAUUGAGCUCCAAGCUGGUGCAGGAACGCAGCACAUUUUAUCAUGCAAUGAAUUUGUUUUUUGGAAAGAUUGCAGGAUUGUGACGCUUUAGCUUUUUUGCGUUUUGCCUUUCUUUGCAAUGUCGACGCUGGGCACGAGUUACUAUCUUGACUCGCGUGUUCUUCCCGAGCAGGAAGAUAUGGCACCGAGGUACUCAUCAGCUGCAGGGGUGGAGCAGGCGGUGCUCACCGAAUAUGGCGGACAGGAGUCUUGUCCUUUGCAGGCGAAAUCUUCUAUUUUUGGUGGAUCUUGGAGUCCCAUCCCGGCCCAUCCUCCCAACACAGCCGCCCCGACCUACAUACAUCACCACUACACGAACGGGGACAGCGAUGGCAUGUUUACGCGCUCCUGGGCGAUGGACCCGGUCUCUGCGUCCCUGUGUUUGACGGGAUUACCGUCGGCGGCCAUGCACUAUGAGAUAAAACCCGAGCCCCUGAUUGGGAGCGCUGAAUGUACAACUUUGGAGACGCACACACCUCUUUUGUCUGACAUUGAAAACGGAGCGUCCCUUGUGGAGAUUCCUUGCGAGACCACAUCCACGUCUAAACCCUGUGACGACAGCCCGUCAGCAGAGGAGAAGAGCGAGAUAGACACAAAUAACCCGUCAUCCAACUGGCUUCACGCGAAGCCCACCAGAAAAAAGCGCUGUCCGUACACAAAGCACCAAAUCCUCGAACUGGAAAAGGAGUUUCUGUUUAACAUGUACCUCCCUCGGGACCGUAGGUACGAGAUAGCCAGACUGCUGAAUUUGACCGAGAGGCAAGUGAAAAUCUGGUUUCAGAACCGCAGGAUGAAGAUGAAGAAGGAAAACAGGGACCGGCGGAGGGACAGUUAACCCGGUUCUGAACUGAUGGAGGAUUAUAGAGUCCGAGACAGAAAGAGGGGAAGGAGAGGGGGGAGGGUGGGGGUCGUCUGUCCUUAGUAUUCCUGAGCUGUUAUACAUGUGGUUGUAAAGUUUUGUGUUGUUGCUUUUUUUCCCUUCUCUCUCUCCAGUGAUCCAGUGUUUACGUGUGUGAGGGGACACAGUGUCUCGUCACGAGUUUAGAUGUUGUACUUUGCGCGCGCGCACACACACACACACAUAGUAUAAACUAUAAUAGGCCUAUUUGUUAUCUGCAUGGAAUUAUCCUCGACUUUUACCUGAAUGUCUUCUACGCUACCUAUGUUCAUUGUUUAAGUUAUUUUAUUAUGUUUUUGCCACUUUAGACGUUUUUUUAAACCAUUUGUGAAAACACUGCACAUUUAAAAAAAAUACCUCGUCGUUCUUAGUUUCAUCU